AUGGUUUUGGACAUAUUUUUAGAUUUUAAUAGUUUUGGACAAGGCUUUGGACAUAAGAAAAAGUGUCCAAUUGCCCAACACUGCCUUAAAAUAUCCUGCUUUCUGAGAUGUGGAAAACCCCUCGCUUAUAAAAUCUUUAAAAUUCCGAUUACGCUAAGCUUCCAAUCAAAUUUUAUACUAUUGGAAGCAUAUUUAGUGAGGAAAAAGCACAUCGACAAGGUUGACUUGACACUUAAUCGCAUCCAUUCUUGGUAUACUGAAAGGCACUUGUUGGGUGAGACGAAUGUUGAGGAUUCGGAAACAGCAAUCGGAAAUGUUCACGGGGAACGUACUCUUAAUGUUACUUCAAUGACAGAAGACGAAACCACAAAUUCCAAAAGGACCAAGUAUGUUGAUGUCGCUAGUAUCAUUACUGAAACCUUUCGCGGUAACGAUGCUGCGGCUCAUACCAAAUUUUCGAGAGGAAGGUGUUCAUCCAAGUCCAAAUCUCCCCCGAGCGAAGAAAUUCCUCCCCGAGAUGAAUGGGCAUCAGAGGAUCUGCCAAUCAAAGAUACUGAUGUUGGCGAG